UAUAUAUAUAUAAUAAAAAAAUUGUGAUUUGAUAUCGCAAUACGUGCUCAAUUAGUGAAAACGUUCAUAAUGUCUAUAAGAAGUUUCGAUUACGGAAAAUUUCCCUUCAGCGAAACAUACAUAGACAUCGCGUAACUAGAAAGAAACUGAACGAAUUUAGCAAAACAAAAUGCGUAAAGCACUUUCUAGUAAACAUAGUGUCGAAGCGACGCUGGCUAUCUUGAAACCUGACGUUGCGAAUAACCCGUGGGCAGUGCAGAAUAUCACACAAACUAUACGGAAGAAAGACUUUGUUUUACUACAACAAACUCGUACGAGGUGGACCAAGAAUGAUGCGGAAAAAUUUUACGAAGCUCAUGCCGGUAGGUUUUUCCAUCGAAGAUUGGUGGAAAGUAUGACAAGUGGGCCAAUUAUAGCCCUUGUCCUUGCUAGGGUUAACGCAGUAGCUGAAUGGAGGGAUAUUAUUGGAGGAACUAAAGUGUGCAAAACAAAAUAUAUCCAACCAUAUUCAAUAAGAGGUGAAUUUGGUUUAAGUGACACCAGGAAUUCCGUCCAUGGCUCUGAUUCAAUGCAUUCAGCUGUGCAAGAAAUUAAUGCAUUUUUCCCAUCAUUUGAUGUAAUGGGGGAACUGGAAAAAUACAAACUUGGUAAAAGAAACAUUCAUGAAAAUGAAUCCUCCACAAAUAAUAAUGUCCUGUUGGGUUAUAACACAAGCAAAGAAUAUCAAGACAGGUUCAAUAGUCAACUUGGAUUGUUAGAUACAUGGAACAAAUUUUAUAACUCAUCUUGUAAAACUGUUGAGAAAGACUGGUUCAUUGGGUUCAAUGAGCUCAAACCAAAGUUGUUAGAAAUACUCGGUACAACUUCUAAAAAAUGUGUGGUUGAUAUAGGCUGUGGGACUUCUAGUGUUGGGCCAUUGUUGUCUAAACUAUUACAUAAUAAUGAUGUUUAUUGUGUGGACGGGGUGGAGAAGUGUUUAUUGAUGUUAAAACAACAAUACCCAGAUUAUGAUGUCACAUAUGUGGUUGCGAAUGUUUGUAAACAACUCCCAUUCGCGGAAAACAACGUUGAUUUGUUUAUUGACAAAGGAACUUUUGACUCAAUUAUUCGUCAAAAUAAUGGUGAACAAUUAUGCAAGGUUUAUAUGACAGAAUUAUUCCGUGUGUUAAAAUAUGGGGGGAAGAUCGUGCAAGUUACAACCGAUGAACCAGAACAAAGGUUGGAUAUUUUACAUCAAAUAUGCGGCGAUAGAGUUAAUAUUAGUUACGAGGAGAUUGAAAGUAAAGAAAACGGGAUUCCUGUUUUUAUUUAUAUCGUCCUGGGGACAUAAUGUCGUAUACAGUAUUUAAACAUAGAGAUCUUGUAUUAUAUUUUAAGAUCUCUGUGAAAAAAAAACUCAUUUACUUUUCAUUUUUUGCUGUGGUAACCUUUUCUUGAAAUAAAUUUUUUAUUAAUUUAAGUUUUAAUCAAUUUCUUCUACAACACCAUGAUUACAUUUAAUUGCAUCUAUUUCACCAGUUAUAUUUAUUAGAAAUUAAAAUAUUCCUAGUUGAAACAUUGAUUACUGUUUCAACACAUUUCCAAUGCA